AUGACCGGCUUCGGUUCACCCUGUGGAGCCUGCAAGUUCCUGAGGAGGAAGUGCGUCAGAGGGUGCGUCUUUGCGCCAUACUUCUGUCACGAGCAGGGAGCCACACACUUUGCCGCCAUACACAAGGUCUUCGGUGCCAGCAACGUCUCGAAGCUCCUCAUGCAUCUCCCGCUCCCCGACCGCUGCGAGGCCGCCGUCACCAUCUCCUAUGAGGCCCAGGCCAGGCUCCAAGACCCCGUAUACGGCUGCGUCUCUCACAUCUUUGCACUACAGCAGCAAGUCUGUGCUCUCCCGCUGGUUCUCCUGACAAAUUAUUGAUUCAUGCUUGAUAUUGUUGGGCGGGGAGUUGAACAAUCGUACAUUGAUCGAUUGGGGGAAAAAAAACCUGUGAUCAGCAUAUAUCAAUGCACUCUAGUUUUUAGUUAAACGAUCCGAUUCUUUGGCUUUAUAUCGUCGUCAAUUUGGUUUUAGUUAGUGAAUAUUCAGAAGUUGGGGAUUUCAAUUUCAUUAUUUCUCUAUCGGCAUUUACGUUUCUUGCCUUGGUCUGGCGUGUAGGUCGUCAAUCUUCAGGCUCAGCUGGCCUCCCUCAAGGCGCAAGCGGCACAAAGCUAUGCUACAGGCACUCAGGACGACUUCUGCAACUCUCUGCUGCCCUACCAGCAACAUGGCCAGAGUUGCUUACCCUCCGGCGACGACGUGAAGAUGAUGCGCACGUUACUCUCCAAUCAACAUUUGGAGAACAACAGUAACUUGCCGUUCUACGGCAGCGCCAUGGUGGAUUCCGACCGCGUAGAGUCUUCCAUGGAGUACGACCACUCGAGCGCCGCCGACGUGCACCUCCACUUCGGCGGAGAUGACGGAUCGGCCUGCGUCGACAUGCAGACAAAUGGUAGGAAAUCGGGGUAUCAAGAUAUGGACGACCUUCAAUCUGCUGCCCUUGCCUACCUCCGUCACUCGUAA